UAUGAAUACGCAGCUAGGGUUAGCAUUAGUAGGCUAUGCCGUGUUCAUCAAGCACAGUGCAGUGUAUUUCUCUCCACUAGCGAAGCGCAUGUGUCAACUGAUGAGAGGGACGUCUGUGACAUUACCACAACACUAGCCUAUUUGGAUGAUAUUGCCAUACUUGGGCCCAGGAACGUCUUGAUAAACGCGUAAACAACAUAACAAAAAGCUUUGGACGGACUUUGGUAGAACCUAAACAAACCAUACAUUUAUUAACAAUGAUUUCUGUUUAAUUUUUCAAUUCUAUAAUUGCACCUUGCUUAUAUCAGGACUCCGUUCAAAAAUAUUUUAUUUGAGUUACAAAAAUCAAUAAAAAUAAAACAAUUCUCGAAAAUAUAUAAUGCUAACACACGAAGUCAUAAUGGAAUUGUGAAGGAGUGAUAUACUCUAAUACUGGAAUGAUCGUGUAUGUAGCAGAUUUGGAUGAUCGUACCUGUAGACAUUUCUUUGAUUUUCAUUUUUAAUGAACACAUCGUAUCUUGCAUUGUUUAUCGGAUUUUUGCUUACACGUCAAUAAUUCCCAAUGAUGGUUCAACUGUGUGCAGGUUGUGAUCGACCGAUCCUAGACCGGUAUUUGCUAAAAGUUUUGGACAGACCCUGGCACGCACAGUGCGUGCAGUGCUGCGAAUGUCGAGGGAAACUUGCUGAUAAAUGUUUUUCUAGGGAAGGAAAACUGUUUUGUAAAAACGACUUCUUUCGGGUAUACGGUAAGAAGUGCGCUGGUUGUUCAGAGGGAAUCCUUCCAAGUGAUCUAGUCCGUCGCGCGAGAAACAAAGUAUUCCACUUAGAUUGCUUCACGUGCAUGGUGUGUCGGAAACAACUCUCAACAGGAGAAGAACUCUACGUUCUUGACGAAAACCAAUUCAUUUGUAAAGAGGAUUUCCUCAACAAGUCCCAUGUUCAAAAAGAAGAAAAAUGUGAUGAUUCACCGUCAAUAACAGCAAGUGAAUGCAAUGGGAUUGCCAGUCCGACCGCCGUCUUAAACAAUAACAACUGUUUACAGACGGAGGAUAUGUUAGAUCUUGAUAACGACAAUUAUAUUUCACCAUCUCCGUCCUCGCCCGCAGCAGACGAUACCGCAAAACAUUCCCCCGCCAACUCCAACUCAGAUACAGAAAGUAAAGCAGACGAUAAUGGCAACGGCAACUCGAAUUCAGUGGCCGGCGCUAAGCGGCGAGGACCACGGACUACAAUAAAAGCCAAGCAAUUAGAAACAUUAAAAGCUGCGUUUGCAGCUACUCCAAAACCUACCCGGCAUAUUCGUGAACAACUAGCUCAAGAAACUGGACUAAAUAUGAGGGUGAUUCAGGUAUGGUUCCAAAACCGUCGAUCGAAGGAACGACGAAUGAAACAAUUAAGUGCAUUAGGAGCCAGGCGUCACCCAUAUUUUCGUAAUCCACGACGUGGAAUCCGUGGGCUACGGCCGGGAAUAAACGGACCCUACGACAUAGAAAAUAACCCAGAAAUGAUGCAUAAUCAUUUUAAUUUUGCAGAUCCAGACUCCGGGAACCCUACAGACUACUACGGCGCUCAAGGUUACUACGACUUUUAUCCCGGGCAACAGCCGCCUGGUGGCGAGCCUCAGCAGGCUGAAAUGGCACCGUAUAUCCCACCUGUAUCGCAAAAUAAUCCUCUAACAAGUAUAGAACAACCCAUGCAUCAACAAGGUAAUAUGCACCAGGAUGUGCCAUAUAUGCAUCACCAUAGAGACCUUAGCCCUAGUCCAGAACCUGUACCGCUGCCUGGUACAGGGGACAUGUUCCGAUCUCCAGAUCGCUUCAGUCACGGACCGAGAGGGGGCGCUAUGCAUGGAAUACCGAAUGGUUUUCGAGGACUGCCACAUCAUCCUGAACACACGGAAGGGACAGUUUGGUGAUAAUUUAAAACUAGUGCCUUUGGGAAAUAAAUUUCUUUCUCAUUUGCAUUCAAGAAGAAUCUGAUCGACGAACUUAAAUGACGCAAUUUGAGUUUAUCUGGUGAUGCAAGUGGAUCGCUCAAACAAAUUUUGUUAAAGAUGGUUGAGUAAAAACGAGACGCUUGGAGGGCGGUGUGGCGCGGCAUAGGCCUAGACUUUCCAAUAUAAAUAUUCUAUAAUAUGACGAAUGUUUUAAAAUCAAUUCGUUCAUUUAUUGAAAUAAAAGACUUGAUUACUGAUCGAGAAGUUAAUAUGAGUUGGCCUGCAAGGCAUGAUGUCAUGGGUGAUAUUGCCUACACUCUACAGGGGUGGUGUUCAAUGAUCUGUGAGCCUAUUUAAUAGGGAGAAACUCCCUGAUAAAUACAACUAUAGAGUAUCGUUUUGUGCAUAAUAUCUUCAGUGUUAGUGUAGCAAAAAUUUAUGUCAACUGUUGAAGGUGAUGUUCUGUAAUUAUAAUGAUGAUAAUGUUGUAUUUUAUAAACUUGUUAUUAAGUGCAAUGGUGUAAUCUUCAUAGCUGCGAUGUGCUGGAUCUUAUUGUGUAGUUUAAUAUGGAAUGCUAAAAUGCCCUUUUUGGCGUUGCAUAGUUUUUAUGUU